AUGUCUUUAGUCAAAUAUUGCAAGGACACAUUACAAGAUAUGAGAGAUAAUGGAUUUGAAGCCUUGCUUGAUCAAGUAUUUUCCUUUUGUGGCAAACAUGAUAUUGAGGUUCCAAACAUGGAUGAUGAAUAUGUAGCUUAUGAGUGGCAACUUGCGGAAUUAAAUCAUCGCUUUAGUGAGGUAAAUACUGAGUUGCUUCUUUGUUUGGCAUUUGCAACUACUUCGGUGGAGAGAGCAUUUUCUGCUAUGAAUGUUGUCAAAGGUCCACUUCGCAACCGAAUGGGAGAUCAAUGGUUGAAAUAUUAA